AACAAAACGAGAAAAGACAGUUGGCUGGUGCACUUUGACGUGUAACGUUGCGAGAGACUUGGUAGUGUCGACAUUAUUUCGUUUAGUGUACCGUUAAAUCUUAAAAUAUCGUAAUGGCUGACCAACUCACAGAAGAACAGAUCGCCGAAUUCAAAGAGGCUUUUUCAUUGUUCGAUAAGGAUGGAGAUGGUACAAUUACUACUAAAGAAUUAGGAACUGUAAUGAGAUCGUUAGGACAAAAUCCUACAGAGGCAGAAUUACAGGAUAUGAUCAAUGAAGUUGAUGCUGAUGGUAACGGCACCAUCGAUUUUCCAGAAUUCUUAACGAUGAUGGCGCGUAAGAUGAAAGACACAGAUAGUGAAGAGGAAAUUCGCGAGGCAUUCCGAGUAUUUGAUAAGGACGGCAACGGUUUUAUCUCCGCAGCCGAAUUACGUCACGUGAUGACCAAUCUUGGCGAGAAGCUCACGGACGAAGAGGUAGACGAAAUGAUCCGGGAGGCCGAUAUCGACGGUGACGGCCAAGUCAAUUACGAAGAGUUCGUCACCAUGAUGACCUCAAAGUGAAGAAGCCAACAGUUUGCAUUUCAGCUUUCCAUUGUUUCAUCCCGGCUCAUUAUCUACAUUUUCAACAUCUCGAACUUUUUGCUUGGCUGCCGGGCCACUAAAGUGAAUAACUUAAUCGUUAUUUAAUUUACAAGACAAAUUUAAUUAAUAAUAAAUAUUUAUAAAUUAAUAUAAUUGUGUAAAUUUUUGUAAUAUAUUUGUUUUUGGGAAGGUGCCACACCAGUAUCUACCUGUACUAUAUCAAACAAUUCUGUGCUACGUGUCUAGUUGAGUCAGUCGUUUAAACUUAUUCACAAAGUAUGAAAAAGGUACUUAUUAUAUAAAUAAAAUAAAAAAUCGUUCUAUUUGAUGUUAGUUUAGGGGAUACAGAGAAUUAGAUCACACGUAAAGAGUUUCAUGUUUCAUACUUUGUGAUCCAAAUAAAUCUGUGCACUUACUAAUAGUAUGUAUCCCCUUAAUUUUUGGGAAAAGGUUACUGUUAGGUUUUCUUUUUUCCAUCAUCCCAUUGUACUGUAUUGUAGGUUUUACAUUUUUUUAGUAUAUAGUAUUUUCAAAUAUAAAAUAUAAGGAUUCUUUUCGUUCAGCAUGUUAUUUUUAUUAAAAUUUUUUAAUUUAUUUUACAGUUAAGUAAGUCGGUAACAUAACGGUUACUAUGUGAAAUUAUUAGAUGUUUAAAUUUGAAAUAAAUGUGACUAAAAAUA